UGCGAGCGCACUGUGCUGGUGCGCAACGUGGGCGACCGAGCCUCCAAGCUGCUCUGCAAGACCACCGCGCCCUUCAGCAUCGAAGUGCCGGAUGGGUUCCUGGACGAGGGCGCGGCCUGCCAGGUGUCGAUCUUUUUCACACCGCCACGGGCCGAAAGCUACGAAUGUGAUCUGCAUAUUAAGUACGGGGAGAUGGAGGCCGUCGCCACUCUCCGCGGUCAAGCAUGUAAUGCAGAGGUUUCACUGUCUCACAGCCUACUGCUCAUUGAGGACACCUAUGUCGGAUUAGAGUCGCAGGGCGUGGUCACCAUCAGAAAUGAUUCAGAUGCGCCGAUUGAUUUCAGUUGGCGUCUUUUCGCCUCCACGAUGGAGGAGGCUCAGCACAGGCUGGCUCUACACCAGCAGCUGAAAGCCGAGGAGAUGGAUGAGUUGCUCUUCAUGCAGCAAGCGAACUUCUCAGAGGACGAGGAGAGCGAUAGUGGUUCCGACGGAGAGCGGCGGCGCCUGCGGACGGAGCGGAAGGUCACGAAGCUCCUGGGCCGGAAGUAUGACUCGAUCAUGAAGGCCGUGGAGGAGGAUCCCAUGCUCUUCCGGGAUGGCAUCUUCAAGAUCGAGCCGUUGAGCGGCCGGCUCUGGCCCCACACGCAAGUGACCUGCGCCUGCUGCUUCUGCCCGAAGGAUGCCCUGGUCUAUUGUGCCACCGCCUAUCUUUCUGCGGUUGGCCAGGAGGAUCGGGCGCCCUUGGUGUUGAAGGGUCUCGGCAUCGGCCCGAAGGCGACGUUCUCCUACGACGAGCUGGACGUCGGCAACGUUUUCGUGGAGAGCGCGCAUCGAUAUGAGGUGCAGUUGCUCAAUCAGGGUGACAUCGAAGUGGACUUCCGGCUUGUCCACCGAGAGGGCAAGUUCGCCCCGAGGUUCAAAUUUACACCAGACCAUGGCACGAUCGCGGUUGGCGGCCAAUGCGAGAUUGUCGUGGAUUUCAAGCCAAAGGAGCUUGGCCAGUUUCACGAGGUUUUCGAGUGGGCUUUGCAAGGCAGAACAACCGCCGUCACCCUGGCCUUUCGGGGGACCUCGGUGCGUCCAAAGUUUGAAUUCGACGUCGACAAGAUCAACUUCGGCACCGUGAGCUUCGGCUUCCUGAAUUCGAGGAUGCUCACGCUCACCAACACCUCCGAGGUGCCCUGCUAUUACACAUUGAUGGUGAAGGGCGACGAGGCCCCGCCGAGCAACGAGUUCGAGAUCAUCCCUUCGCGCGGCACCUUGCUGCCGAACUGUGCACAGCGAAUUCAGGUCGAUUUCAUCAGCAGCACGGAGAAGAAGUACGACACAAGGCUCUCCGUUGACUUAGAGGGCGUGGGGAAGGAGCUCCUAUCCAUCCCGAUUUUCGCCCAGUGUGCCGUGCCGACGGUCUCGUUCGAACCGCACGGCUGCCUAAACUACGGCGAUGUUUUCAUCCGGUAUCCGUUCCACCAGUCCCUGUACUUGCACAACACCUCCGUCUUGCCCGCCAAGUUCAUGGUGGAAGCGCAGGAAGACAAGUCCAAGGCGGAGUUCGAACCGGACCAGUGGGUGGGUACAGUGCCACCCUGCGCCUCCCAUGUGAUCACCGUCACACUCACGGCGCACACUGCAGGACCGCUCCGAAUACCCAUGUACGUCAAGAUCAUGGGAAGGGAUGUUCCAUUCCCACUAGUGCUCGUUGGAAACUCGGUGGGGCCGCGGGUGGUGGUGGACCCGCCGAAUCUGGAUUUUGGAAACGUGAAGUGCCUGGAGCCCAUCACCAGGCACGUCCGCUUGACGAACUUCUCGUGCAUCGACGCUUCGGUGAGGGCCUUCAUGAACGAGAGGAAGUCGCUCUGGACCGUCCACCCCAAAGUCAUCCACCUCUCGCCUCAGGAGACCCUGCAACUGGCUUUGACGCUCCGCAUGGAUGAGACCUGCCAGUCGGUGGACACAUUGAAUCUCAUCGUGGCCGAGGGUGACGAUUUGACUGUCCAGGUGCGAGGCAAAGGUGGAGCGACUGCUGCCGACACACCGGUCACCUGUGAGGAGGAGCUGGACUUCCUCGACUUUGGCACGCACUUCACGACGCAGACCUGCUGCCGUGAGAUCAUCAUCAAGAACCACGGCCAGUUUGGUCGGAGACUGUCGUGGUCCAAGGAUAAGGACAAAGACAAGAAGAACAAAGACAAGAAGGAG